CGCAGUCAGCUAAAUAAUUUUAAGUUUUAACAUCAAGGCAGUGUAUCAUUAUUAACACAGCUGGUUUGGCCCCCCACCCCCAUUUUCGAUCUCCAUCCAUCCUUAGCUAUUACUGAUUCAUGGGCUUAAAGUUGAUCGAACACAGAUGAGAGAUUGUCUGUACACGUUAAAGAACGCCAUAUAUUGAUUUGAUUUGAUUGAUAUCGGAAGUGGGAAACCCCGUUAGGAUUGAUUGAUGCUGUACAAAUCGUGAAGAAAAUGGAUCUACGGCCUUCCCCCAGAUCGGGAAGGUUCACCCCUAAUCGACAGAAUUCUUCCCCCUCUUCGUUGUUAUCCAAAUCACUCUCCGAUGCAAGUACCCAAAGCUUAUCUUCCGUUCUCAACAACCCACAUGUCUCCGACGGCUCCUGGGUCGGUUGGUGGUCCUCUUCAACUGCUGUGCAAGUCCCUGAAUUCGCUCCUCCUCCCGCCAACAAAACCCCUGGUUCAGAAAUAUCUCGAUCUGAAUUCACAUCCUAUUUGUCCUCAAUAUCCGAGCACCAUAGCCGCUUCGAAGACAUCAGGAACCACUCCAACAAGGAGAGCAGGGAUGAGGAUGCCCCUGAUCACCAUGAGAGGGCAGGGGAAGCCCUGGUCGCCUGUUUGCGGGAAGUCCCCGCAUUGUAUUUCAAGGAGGAUUUUUCACUCGAAGACGGAGCAACUUUCAGGGCCGCCUGCCCGUUUUCUACAGUCGCCGAGAACUCCGUAAUGCAAGAAAAGUUGUCACAGUACCUGGACGUCGUGGAGCUUCAUCUGGUUAAGGAGAUCUCACUACGUUCGAAUUCGUUUUUUGAGGCACAGGUUCAGUUAGAAGAUUUGAGUCUGAAGAUUGUCGAGGGGUGUAGUCGGAUCAGAGAAUUGAAGGAGACGAUUAGGCUUUUGGAUGUAGAUUUAGUGGAUUCAGCUUGUCAAAUUCAGGAUUUAAAUCUUACCCGGAGCGAUUUGUUGGCACUGCAGGAGAAGCUUAGGCUUAUAUUAUACGUUAACCAAUCUCUUGCGGCACUUAAGUUGGAUGGUGAUCAACUGACUGGCCUACAUUGUUUUCGUCACCUCGAGGAUCAUGUUGCUGCUGCAAUAGAUUCUGUAAAUAGCAUUCUUUCAGCAGAGUUUUUGCGUGUAUCUAUUAAUGAUGCUGGAGAUAGGGAUGUGGUAAUAUUAUCUAAUGCAAAAGCAAGGAUGGCCUCAUGGGGAAAUGAAGAUAAUGAAGAACACUUGCAUCAAGAAGAUACUUCUAGUUUCCACGAUCGACUUCUACCUCUAAUUAUAGGCUUACUUAGAACUGCAAAACUACCUUCUGUGUUGAGAAUAUAUCGUGAUACAGUUACAUCUGACAUGAAAACUGCUAUUAAGUCUGUUGUUGCGGAGCUGCUUCCUGUUCUUCUUGCUAGACCCUUGGAGUCUGAUUUUAAGUCAGGCGAUCGGAUUGUUGAUGCAGAUGGUGGAGGCUCAUCACUUGCAAGCAAAUUAAGAAGUCUUUCUUCUGAAAGCUUUGUUCAACUUCUUGGUACUAUUUUUAAAAUUGUACAGGCACACUUACUUCGAGCUGCUGAAGUUAAAAAAGCCAUCGAGUGGAUAAUGUCCAAUCUUGAUGGUCACUAUGCUGCUGAUUCAGUUGCUGCUGCAAUUGCUCAUGGUGCUUUGACUGCAGAAUUAGAUCCUGUGGGUGAUGGUCAGUCUGGAUCCUUUCCUCUUUCAACUCAAAGGAAUAUUAUCAAGGUUUCUCCAAUUCAGGCAAAAUGGAAUGAUGCCACAAGUUCAUCAAAUUUGUCAAAAAAUUUCAGAGCUGACGUCUUGAGAGAAAACACAGAAGCAGUGUUUGCCGCUUGUGAUGCUGCUCAUGGAAGAUGGGCAAAGCUGCUUGGUGUCCGUGCUCUUCUCCAUCCAAGGCUGAGGUUACAAGACUUUCUACAUAUAUAUAGCAUGUCUCAUGAAUUUGUUACUGCAACGGAAAAGAUUGGUGGAAGGUUGGGAUAUAGCAUACGUGGAACAUUGCAGUCUCAGGCCAAAACUUUUGUUGAUUUCCAGCAUGAAUCUCGGAUGACAAAACUGAGAGCAGUGCUUGAUCAAGAAACAUGGGUUGAAGUAGAUGUCCCUAACGAAUUCCAGGCGAUUGUGAAUUCACUUUUUAGUUCGGAGUCUCUUGUUGCUGGUGACUCGGAUGACCAUUCUAAGAGUAUUGCUGAAAGCUAUAACGAAGUGGUUUCUAGCAGUGCUACUCCCUUGCCCUCGGCAGUAGUAUUAUCGAGUACACAACAGACUGAACAGCCAUCUCAGUCUGUUGAUGGAUUUGUAGAUGGCACUGGACAGACUAUUAACAGCAUUAGAACAAAGAAUGAACAUGGAAAAUCUACUCAUUUGAUUUCCUUCAGAGGUGUUGGGUACCACAUGGUAAACUGUGGCUUAAUCUUGCUGAAGAUGUUGUCAGAGUACAUUGAUAUGCAUACUGUUUUGCCAGCACUUUCCUCCGAGGUUAUUCACCGUGUUCUUGAAAUGUUGAAAUUUUUCAACACAAGGGCUUGUCAGCUUGUUCUUGGUGCUGGUGCCAUGCAGGUCUCUGGUUUGAAGUCUAUUACAUCCAAACACUUGGCAUUGGCAAGUCAGGUUGUCAGUUUCGUGCAUGCUCUUAUCCCUGAAAUUAGGAGGAUUCUUUUCCUGAAAGUACCUGAGACUCGAAAAGGCUUGCUGUUAUCAGAAAUUGACCGAGUAUCACAGGAUUAUAAAGUGCAUCGUGAUGAGAUACAUACAAAGCUGGUGCAAAUAAUGAGGGAAAGGUUAUUAGUUCAUCUUCGUGGGCUGCCACAAAUUAUUGAAACAUGGAGCCGCGUAGAUGAGACCGAUACACAACCCAGUCAGUUUGCUCGAUCACUCACGAAGGAAGUUGGAUAUCUUCAACGUGUGCUUUCUCGCACUUUGCAUGAAGCAGAUGUUCAAGAAAUAUUCAAAGAAGUGACUAUUAUCUUCGACAUACAAAUCUCUGAUGCAUUUUCACAUGUGGAUAUUAGCACUCCACAAGCAAAAGCCAGGCUCACUCGUGAUAUUCAGCACAUUCUUGGAUGCAUUAGAUCAUUGCCUUCUGCCAAGUUAAGUGACUCGGUUGCAGGACAACUUGAAUCCUUGGUCCAAAGAGCAUCUACUGAAAGAGCAGAUGAAUAGUAAAGUAUAUAAUUGAUUACACAUUCACAAAGAUCCAGCAGCUAUCUCUUCCAUCGUUUUGCAAACCAGUUGAGGUGCUUGAUCUUGCAAUUUUCAAUACCAAUUUUGAGGAGAUUUCUUUUGGUAGUAGGGAAUGUAUAACUUACAGAUGUAAUAUGAGCUUACUUUUGUGCUUUUUGGUAGUAAUGUUUUCUUUGUAUUCAGAAGAGGUCAGGUAAGAUUGUAGUGAAUUUGUAUCCAACACUACACUACAAUCAACGAGGAUAUUGAAAAUUUGACACUUGUAUCC